AUGCGUGUACAUGCGUUCUCGCUUAUAGGUCCGUGCAAGCAACCGAGAAUUUAUUAUGUAACAUGUUGCCAAUCACAUCUAUGAGUCUGAGGCAUAAGGGCGCUUUAAGAGAUAUCUCAGUGGGUCUAGGAAGACACCUCCUACUUUCUCCUCGACCAAAGCCUCUCUUGUCGCUCCUGAUGCAAAGCAGUUCUCAAAGUCCCAGGACAAAGGACAUUUGGGUGGUCAACACAGGGGGACAGAGGAGCGUCCUCCACCUGUCCGGAGCUGCCAGCAGACACACAGCUGCAGACGGAGAGUGAAUCCAGCACAGCUGCACAUGACCGAGGGCAGAAAAUGAAGAUUGCUGUAAAGAUGGCCAAAAUUUAAGGAUGAGGGAAAGCUGUGAAAAAUCCAGAUAUUAUUCAUGAAGUAAUUACAGCAGGUGUGACACAACAUAUUACUUCAUUUAGUUCCCAGUCUUUGAAGUGAGCAGGAAAACCGUCAUGGAGCCACAGCACAACACCAAUCACAACCAAGCCUUGCGGAAAGAGAUGCCACGGGAUUUCACUGAGGACUGCUCACUCACAGUGAGUGGCACCACCUUCCUUAUUGUUGCUUACAGUACAGUUAUGGCGGUGGGUCUCAUUGGGAACUCUUGCCUGGUGUUUGUCAUCACAAAGCACAAGGAGAUGCGCAAUGUCACCAACAUUUUCAUUGUCAACCUGUCUUGUUCUGACAUCCUCAUGUGCAUCGUCUGCCUGCCGGUCACCAUAGUUUACACUCUGAUGGACCGUUGGAUUCUAGGAGACACCCUCUGUAAGCUCACGCCCUUCAUCCAGUGUAUAUCAGUGACUGUCUCCAUCUUUUCUCUCGUCCUCAUCGCCAUGGAGCGCUACCAGCUCAUUGUCCAUCCUACUGGGUGGAAGCCUGUGGUGACCCAGUCCUACUUGGCCGUGGCUGUCACCUGGAUCGUGGCCUCCCUAAUCUCAGUGCCUUUUCUCUCAUAUAGCGUACUUGACUUGCCUUUCCAGAACCUAAGCACCCCCUUACUGGUCAGUGACCAUCUUAUUUGUAUGGAGAAGUGGCCAACGCUUCAAGAACGGCAAGCUUACACAACCUCCCUUCUCGUCUUCCAAUACAUCCUUCCUCUGGUCCUCAUCAUGGUCUGUUACCUGCACAUCUACUUGCGCCUCAGGAGGAGGAAGGAGAAAAAAAAGAUAAACACCAUGUUAAUCACUAUAGUGGUGGCAUUCGCCCUCUCCUGGCUCCCUCUCAACAUCUUCAACACAGUGUUUGACUGGAACCAUGAGGCCAUCCCCUCCUGCAGCCAUGACAUCAUCUUCUCAUUCUGCCACCUCACUGCCAUGGCCUCCACUUGCAUCAACCCCAUCAUCUAUGGUUUCCUCAACAGUAAUUUCCAGAAACAGCUCAAGUCUACUUUGUUGCGCUGCAACUGUUGGGUGGUGACAGAGAGGUACGACAGCAUUCCGCUCUCCACUGUCAGCACAGAGGUCACUAAGGGGUCAGUCUUGAGCAAUGGAUCCACGAGCAUCAAUACUUAAACCCAAAUUGUUUAAAUAAAAGUCAGAGCAGCUACUGGGGUAUCCAGUACCCAGCCCUCAUUGUGUCAUCCUUUAGAGCUCUUCUUGCUGCAUUGCAUGCAAAAGCAAGGGUGGCAUUUACAAAGUUAUAAACUUUAUAAUAGCAGCUGUGUCCACAAUUCACUACGAGCUCCCAUGUGUGAGGAAGUAAAUAUUAAAAUGAUGGUGCAAAGGCUGGACGACUUGAAGUAUUGGAGGGCAGCUGAAGACACUUUACAUGAACAUCUUUGCAACUGUAGUCUGCACAGCCCAUUCCCUAUGUGCUGUGGGCAUAUCUGAAUGAAGAGACAGCAUUUAAUGUGAUGUAUACACGUUUUCUUUCUUCAGCACUGGCAUCCACACAGAAAUCCUGUUGAAAUAACUAUCAGCUCUUCAGGAUUUGCUUUUCACAUUUUUACCUGCUGUAAAUGUGGACAAUGGGACAAUAGGAGAGUUUUGAAAGGACAGAGGGUUCGGGGGUUGCACUUUUCAGUGUUGCUGCUUUGUGUUAAUAUUAUUGUUCAAAAUGUUAAGGGAUUGUGAACUGUGAUGUGUUAAUGAUUAUCGACAGAGUAGCUUAUUACAUAGCUGAAGAAGAGAGCAUUAGUGCAUUAAAUAUGGCUGCAGGCAUUCAUUCAGCUGACACACUAUAGCAUCAUCUUAAUGCAUUUUUAUUACCUAAAAUCAGCAUAAACAAUGUAAUGAGCUUUAACAAAGACCCUUGGCAAGAACUAUAUAGAGUAUAUUUCUGCUGCCUAGGUCUGCGUGCCAGUGUAUUGUGUGUGUGGGAUGGCUUUUCUCAUAAACUGUACCGUACAACAACUGUGUAUCUAGUGCCAUGUAACAAAAUAGAAAUGACAGUAAAGGACGUUGCCAAAGCAGGGCGUUUUACUGUAUAUAACAAUAUUACAUACAUGUAUGGUCUGUAAAUGGUAUAGUUUAUGGUGUGGUUGGCAAUAAAGAGCAUUGUGUAGCAUAGCAGAUAAGCCUGUUGUUGGUCAU